UACGGUAAACUAUUGUUAUAUACAGUCAACAAUUAAGUUACGUAUUUUCACUGAAAGGAAUUAUACUUUUAUAGAUGACCUACUAAGACCAAUUUCGGAGGACGGUCUCCAAUAACCCAUAUAAUAUUUAAACUCUAAUCACGCCUAAAUAUUCUCAUUUUCUACCAGCAUUCUGUAAAUACUUAAUCAAUGCUACAUAAGUUCAGCGCUAUGUCCAUUAUCAUAUCGCUGGUUUCCGUAUGGACCCUCCUGGCUGUGACGUCAGCCAACCUCUACAAUCUGGGACUCUGUAGGCCUUACAUCACCAAACGGACCUUCAAACAACCGGUCACGUUACAUCAGUUAUCUCUUGACGGGGAGUUCACAGUAUUGUAUACAUCAGGUCUGAAACAGCUUCAAGAAGUAUCUUGCGCCACGUUCCAGUACACUUACAACACGGCUGAUACAUAUACAUACCGAUCCUAUGUCAAGGCUGAUGGAAAAGAAGAAGUCUUGGCUUGCGAGGCCCAUGAAUUAGCCCCUGGGGCAUUUUUAGUAACACCUAAAGACAACGAAUACUCUACUCAAUUUGUCAAGUACCAUAGCGAAGAUAUUCUUCUCAUUUAUUGGUGCAAAGAUGACAGUGAUGACAACUAUUAUAACAACAUUUGGAUGAUAGCUGCAAAAACAGCACUGGCUAACACGAAGAAAGUAAAAAAAGAAAUCUUGGACAUGCUUUACCAUGAUGAUUAUAAGGGAUUCAUAGACAGAGACUUGGAAGAUUUGAGAAAUGAACGUAAGAAGUAUGUCGAGCUAACAACUUGCAAUUGAAAUAAAUGUUAACAGGUC